AGAUCCAAAGCGAGAGUAUUGUAUAGGGGGCGCUAUAGAAGCUUGCCGGGUGCAGAAAUUCUUCACGACGCAGUAAAUUUUCAUGCCCACAACUAUAAUAUUCAUUUGAGAAAGACAAACUUCCAUCCCAUGUGCUAAGAUCUCUCGUUGAUGGGCUCAUCGGAAUUGAGAUUAUCACACAGGAAAUGCGUUCGGAGCUGAGAAAUUUGACUCAAAAAUGAAGGAAAAAUCAUGGGCUUGCACUCUCAUCACCCAGCUUUCUCUCUGCAUUGCAGCUUAUAUAGCUCUCAAUAUAGGCCAGCCCCAGAAAGUUACUCAUGGUAGCAUCUCCAGCGUAGGCGGGCCGACUGAUAUGUACUUUAUAAGUGUUGCUGGAGGGUUUAGGCCACUUGAAGAACAGAACCUUUUGCUGCAACAGAUGAUGAAGGUGGCGAAGACCUACAAAGCGCGUUUUGUAGUAAGCAUUAGUGAACUUGGAGAAUCUGAUUCCCUCAUGCAGAAUGCAGCGAUGUUUUCUGAUUUGCAAAAGAUGCCCUGGUACACUUCUGGGGCUUUAGGAGGACAAGCGCAACCAUACUUCUUAAAGAAAGUCAAAAUUCCUUAUGGACAAACUCUAGAUUUUAUUGCAUUGGACACCGUGCUAUUCCAGGAUCCAUCAAGUGUACGCGGAAAUGAUCAGAUCCUGUGGUUGACGAAGACCCUAAAAGAAAGUGACAGUGACUGGAGAAUUGUUGUUGGAUUCCACCCAUUGAUCUCUUGUGACUAUAAUAUCCAGAAAAUAGGAAAAGAAACCUCUUUUGAGCCUUUACACACCAUGUUACAGCAAUAUGGAGCGGAUGCAUAUAUGAGCAUGAAAACGUGUGCUGGCCACCUCCAAGGAGAAGCGAUGUGGUUGUCUGAUAUAGGUCGAGUGAAUAAAGGUCCUCAUAUUACUGCUGUGAAUCCGAAUUUGGCCUCUAAAGACUAUUCCAGGGAAACAGUCAACGGCUUCCUUCUCCAUCGGGUCAACUCAUUGGAGAUGGUCACGUUCGUUGUUUCAUUGAACGGAGAAGUUGAACACAAACUAUCGAUUCAACAAAGGGGUAGGGCGGUCAUGUAGUCUUCCUCGUCUUCGUCUCUGGAUAUUUCUAUCCAGAAGCAUGUUUCUUUGAUUUGUUUGUAUAUUUGUAGCCCCCCAUUCUUGCUGGUUCUGGAUGAAGGCAUGCAGUUCAGAUACUGCUUUAGUUAUUGAUUGACAGCAAGCAAACAGCUGCCAUUUUGAGCUCUCUUUAUUACUCAAACCUAAUGCUGCAAAUUCUCAGCUGAUUUAUACAAUGUUCUUGCUCUCACAA